AAUAGUAGAAAAAUUAAAAAAAAAAAACUAAAAAUCAAAUUCAUUGUUUCGCCUUCAGAAUUCAAAUUCAAAAACAGAUAUAAGUUUAACGUCACUUACCCGCUCACACUCUUCUCACAGUUCAACACUUAUUGAGUACUCAGUUUUAGAAGCAGUAAACAUGAAGCGUAAACGUGGAAGGAAGGGAAAAUCUCAAAAUACCUCUAACGUGGGAAUAUCAGAUGCCGAUCCAAGCAUUGAUAAUAUAAGUGACGAUGAUGUAUCCAGUGAAGGUGAUGUUGAGAAAGAUGAGAAUGUGACAAACUCGAAAAUGAGUAUCGAAACCCCAUCAACAGAAACUGCUCAACCUGAAAAACCUGCAGCUGUCACUUCAACUGAGGUUACCAUUAAGCCUUUAGGAAAAGUUUACAAUAGGCUUAAAGUCAAGAUCAAAUCUUCAAAACCAGUAGAACCUCAGGUCACUUCAUCAGAUGCAAUUACACAUAGUGAUGCUGAUAAAAGUAGCCAACAUAUUAGUCAAGAGAAACAAGUAGCUGUUGCGAAAGUAGAAGAUAUUGCCAACUCGGUACCGGUUGGCAACGAAGGUGCUUCAACAACACAACCGAAAAAGACUGGAAGCAUAAAAAUCAAAUCAUCGAAGGGUUUUGGUUCAACCUUGAGUCCUUGUAAUAAUGUUGGGGUGCCUCCGGUUGAGGAAACCCAUCAGAAAGAGCCCGAGUCACUUUCUCGAGAUUCUGUAUACAACAAGCAAGAACUUAAUGCUUCUCUUGAGGUGAUUACAAGGAUCAUGAAAACGGAUGCAGCGGAGCCUUUUAAUAAUCCAGUGAACCCUGUCGCUCUUGGCAUCCCGGAUUAUUUUGAUGUCAUUAAAACACCUAUGGAUUUUGGGACCAUUCGUAGUAACCUUGAAAGUGGUGUUAAGUAUAAGAAUUCAGAGGAUGUGUAUAAAGAUGUGCAGUAUAUAUGGGAUAAUUGCUACAAGUACAAUAAUAAAGGUGAUUACAUUCUUGAGCUUAUGAAACGUGUGAAGAAGAAUUUUAUGAAAAACUGGGCUGCUGCAGGACUGUAUACACAGCAAGGUGACUUGAAGGAUGUAUCUAGUCAAGGGAAAUCGUCCAGCAAGAGUGGGCAUCUAAAACACAAGUCGAAGAAACGUCAUGGAUUCAAGCGCCACAAGGAUGAUUGUUUAUGUGCUAUAUGUAUCAUGGUGCGGCGCAGGCAGGAGCGAGAGAAAAUUAUGAAUCCUGCUGAUGACCGGACUGAAACAAGUGAUGGUCUGGGCCAAGAGGUCAAGUUUGAGGGAACAUCAGCGGCGGAAAGUCCUAACGGUGAUGAUACAUCAUCCAGUUCAGACAAUUCACGAAAUGAAGAUGCAGAUACUGAAAUGGAAGAUAAGCGAGAGGAAGUGAAGCUGGAAAAGGAGCUACAAAGCACUUCACAAAGUAAGCAACAAGAAACAGAGAAACCAUUUGAGACCAACAAAGAAAAUUCUAUAGCUGAACAGUCUCAGAUAGAUGAUAAAUCUGGGACAGAGAAAAACAAAGACAUACAGAUGAUGGAAGCAGGCAAUGCAACCAAAAACGAUGUGAAUAAUGGCGGUGAAAAGAUUCAGCGCGAAAAUAUAAUUGCCAUAGUUGAAAAUCAGAAGCCCAAGGAGCUGUUAGAUGCAGGUGCGAAAGCCAAAUUGUUGAAAACCCUCCAUGAGCGUUAUGAUAACCCAAUUGUUAUGGAUUUAUGCGCCUCUUUAUUUCCAGAGAAUCCAAAGUCGUUAUGGAACAGGCCUCAUUCAUUGGCUCACCAUCAUGAUUCUUCUCGCAAGAGCUCCAUCGGUGCUGCUAUCGCAACAUUCCUCAAGUAUUAGACUGAAUCACUUAAUCCGGUGAUUCAGAGGAAGUCAAAUUCUUAUCAUCUGUCAAAUAUUCUUGACAGCAAUUGAUUGCAGAUUCAUGAUAGUACGAGAACGAACUAUAGAUUUGGCUUCUGAAGUAGCAAGUUUCAAUUUUUAGAUGAAUGUUUGAAAUCCUAAAAAUAUGUGAACUCGGAAAAUAUGUUUGUAAAAUGAUGUAGUUUAGCAAGGGAGAUUACGCUUUAAGGUGUGUAACAGAAACUAUUUUUAAAA